AUGAGCGAAGCUCCGAAAGAUGCGCCUUUCCAGGCGGUGCAGGUCGAUGCUCUGGUCAUUCUGAAAAUCGCCAGACACUGCUCGUCGACCUUCCCGACCGUGGCCACCGGCUCCCUCGUGGGAAUGGACCAGAACGGCACCCUGGAGAUCACAAACACCUUCGCCUUCCCCACCGUCGACAACUCCGCCGCCGACACCCACCAGAACGAUGCCACAAACGCUGCUGCCGCGGCACCCCGCGCAAAGGCAAACAUUACCUACCAGGGCGAGAUGAUCCGACACCUGAAGGAGGUCAAUGUGGAUGCCAACAACGUCGGAUGGUACACAAGCGCAACCAUGGGCAACUUUGUCAACCUUGCCUUUAUCGAGAACCAGUUCCACUACCAGAAGGACAACGAAAAGACCAUUGCCCUGGUGUAUGAUACCAGCCGCAGCUCACAGGGAACCUUGGCUCUCAAGGCCUACCGCCUGACCAACCUCUUCAUGACUGUUUACAAGGAGGGCAAGUUUACUACUGAGAGCCUGCAAAAGUCCAAGCUCUCGUUCCGCGACAUUCUCCAGGAGUACCCUCUCAACGUCUACAACUCACACCUCCUCACCUCCUUCCUCCACCAGCUGCCCUCGCCCGCGGUCGCCGCCGAGGCCAAGGAGCCAACCCUCAGCGAGCUCAACAACGACCGCAUCAAAGCUCCUCUAUACCCUUCCAUCGACAACCUGGACCUGUCUGUCGACCCCUUCCUUGAGAAGACCUGCGACCUCCUGCUCGAGAGCAUCGAGUCCCACUACGUGGACCUCAACAACUUUCAGUUCUACCAACGCCAGCUGGCGCGUGAGCAGACCAAGAUCACACAAUGGCAGGCCAAGCGAAAGGCGGAGAAUGCGCAGCGCACUCUUGCCAAGCAGGCCCCGCUACCGGAAGACGAGUGGCAGCGGCUGUUCAAGCUGCCUCAGGAGCCCAGCCGGCUUGAGGGCAUGCUCAACGCCAAGCAGGUUGAGCAGUACAGCAAGCAGGUGGACGGAUUCACGGCCAACAUCAGCGCAAAGAUGUUUGCCGUUCGGGAAAACUUGCUGCCUCAGUAA